AUUUUGAGGGUUUAAAUAGGAAAAUCAGUCUGGUGUGAAAUAAAAUGUGGCUGUGGCACAGCAGGGCCUGCUGGGUGUGCUCUGGUGUUCAGCAUCACCAGGGUGCUUAAGGGAGAUGGUGUGAUUUACAAAAAGUGCUUUUUAGUGGCUUUCAGCAAAAAAAUCACCUUUUUCUUUUUGAUUCUGACAGAUCUGUCCCCUCAGGGUGGAAGUUACAUGACCACAUUGCAAUGUUCAGUGAGGAGAGGUGAAGAGCUCUCACGUGUGGCUGUGAACACAGUGGGAAGUGUGCCUGGAAUUUACAGACUCACUCAGUGCUGGGUUAUUUCCCAGCAGUGCUGAUCCAUCUCCCGGCCAGGAGAUGUCCCCACUUCACCACAGUUCCUCCAGGAACUCCGACACAGGUUCUGGGCUGUGCUCAGCAGUGUUUCCAUCUGGUGUUUGGGAGAGAAGGAGCAAGCCCUGAGCACUGGGACAGUGGGAUGUGACUGUCAGGGGCCCUGAAAUACCCACCCAAGGCAGCAGAGGACACAGGGCACGGGGGGCCAAACUUAGGGGAGGAAGAAACAGAGAAGAUGAAGUGAAAGGAAUGAAAAAAAUCCUGGUUCUGGACACAGUGACUUAGUCCCACUGAUGCCAAGUAAAUAUUUAGAGGAGUUGGAGUGGCCACAGGAGGCAUCACAAUGGUUGGAUAGCCAAAGCAGAUGUCACAGUGAUUGGAUAGCCACAGGAUCUUGGAUAGCCACAGGAGGUGUCACAAUGGUCACAGGAUCUGUCACAGUGCUUGGAUAGCCACAGGAGGGGUCACAGUGCUUGGAGUAGCCACAGGAACUGUCAAAAUGGUUGGAGUAGCCUCAGGGUCUCUUUGUGGGAUUAGAGUAGUGACAGGGCUUGUUAUGGGGGUUAGAGUAGCCACAGGGCUUUUCCUGGUGGAUUAGAGUAGCCACAGGGCUUCUCCCUGGGGCCAGAGGAGCUGCAGGGCCUGUCCUGGUGGAUUAGAGUAGCCACAGAGCUUGUUGCACGUGUUGGAGUAGCCACAGGUGAAGGCAGGGAGAGGAGCAGGGCCAGCAGGACCUGGGCUCUGGUGGCUGGAGCAAUGGACCCCGAAGCCAACGAGGAUGCCACCUAUUACCUGGAACAGUACAGGGCCAAUCUCCUGCCCAAGCUCAGGGCACUGGGAGAGCCAGACGAGGACCCCGCCACCUCGUUUAUGUGCCUCCUGAAGAAGAAGAAAGAAUUCCGAUGUCUGGAAAAUGCUGUGGCGGCGAAGAAAGAGGCCUUCAAGGAGAGGAUGGAGGUCAUUGCCGAGCAGUGGAGGGACCUGCACGCCAGGAGGACUCAGCUGAAGGCCCACGUGGAGAGAUCUGGGAGGACUGUACAGGAAAACGAAAUGCUGCGAAACCAAGCCCUGAAGAAAGCCAGCAAAGAUAGAGAGGAGAGUAUAAAAAAGGAGAAUGAGCUUCUGAGAGCUAAGAGGGAACUGGAAGCCCUUAUAAAACAGCAUCAGAAACUCUGCCAAAAACUGCCAAAAUACUCCAUGUUCAAGAGAUACCUGGAGGAUGUGGUGGAGAUCUCACAGUUUCGGGACAUCGAGGACGUCAUUUCGUUCUACAAGUCACUGAUGAGGUCACGCAGGGAGCUGCUGCAGUCUCAGCAGUGGCACAAGGCAAUGACUAAGCAAGCCAGGGUGCUCCUGGACCAGUACAGGGCAGAGAAAGGAGCUGAGAUGCUGCGGUGCAAGAAUGAUCUGGCACAGCUAAAACAAUAUUUAGACCAGGUUCAAAGUGACAUCCCUGUCUGGGAGGCUCAGUGGAUCGACAUCCAGAACAGGGCUGCCAAGAAGGCCACGAUGCUGAAGGCCAUCAAGAGGACCAUCCACAGCCUCUUCCACGCUGCCAGCACACGGCUGGACGCAAAGUGGAAUGUGGCAGCACAUGACAGCCACAGGCAGCUGGACAUGAUCCAGCAGUUUAUUGAAGACCUCAGGGACAUCUCUACAGAGGACAUGAAGAAGUACAAGUGAGAACCUAUGCAGGGACCUGCCCUGCCAGCAGGGUGGAAAGGGAAAGGAGAGGAGAAGAGAACCCAAGAGAUACUGCAGAAUAAA